AUGGGCCAGCUAGGCAAUCAGUGGACAGAGCCAGAGGGUCUGUGGGGCCAACCCACCCUCUCUCCCCACCUUCCCUUGCCUCCUCCCUCCCUCCACACCCGCUUCCGUCCGUCCCGGGGUGGUUGGAGGCCCGGUCUGGAGUCCCCAUCCUGCACCCUCUGCUGUGUCUGUGGCGUCUGUAGUGCCUGUGAUCGUGUGUUGCCAUUUUGUCUGGCUGUUGCCCCUCCCCCACCCCUCCAGACCUUCUCCCUUUCCCGCCCCCUUCGAUAUUGUUUGAAGACUCCCUCCCCGAGGAAGAACAAAUAUGAUUAA